AUGGUUCUCAACAUCACACAAAAAAUCAAAUGUGCUAGACCAAAACUCACUGUGACACAGAAGGCCAACUGUCAUGAAAAGGCCAUUAGCCUCUCAAAUGCUAUCAAUGAGGCAUGUGAAGCAUAUCAGGAGGAAGCUGCAGUUAUUUCUGAGAAAUACAAACAGAGCAUCAAAUGGACUCGGCUCCAGUUGCACAAUGAUACAGGCCUGCGCAAGCGCAGAAAACCUAAUGCAUGGAAUGCAUUUGUUACGACAAACGGUCGUGUGCGACUAGGAUAA